GGAUGAACAACACAGACCAGGACAACAAUGAACACAGACAAAGACAUUGAAAGUGGUUGUUGUGGUCAGACUCUUAAUUCUUGUUCUGACCCUUUGAUUCUUUCAGUUUGCGGAGGAAACACCUCUUACAAACACCUCACAGACGUCUCCAGGAAAUGCGCUGCCCCAAUGAAGACCUCAUGGUGAUACCUAAAAGCAACGAAACUACUUAGUUAGGGCCUGUAGUUCUGGCGAUUGCUCAACAGAGGAUCAGGUGUUCGCCUAACAGUUAGAAGAGUUGAUCAGCGACAGCACUGGCGAUUAUGAAAAUAGACGACUUCGGGGUAAGAAAAUGAGUCAGACAUUGCUGUCCUGGUUGUUCCGUGUUCAUCAGCGUCGGGAAGCUUGGUUGGCGAAGAUAGAUACUUAAAGAGAGAGGGAGAGCGUCACAAAAUGGCCCGUGAAACGUAAAAUCUGAAAACAACAGAUAUGCGAGACUGGAGUAAAUAGUAGUGGCAAUGACGAUCUACGUGAUUGCAAUUUAGUCGCUCAAUUUCAGUAGAAUAGCUGUCAGGAAAGCGUUCCUGUAGUAAAGUCAAACAUCGAUGAUGAAAAAAAUGUAGCUCCUGCGCAAGAAGAGACGCAAGAUGGGUAAAGACAGCGGCGUGAUAAAGGGGCGUCUCAAGCUCAAAGGCGAACCCCUCCAAGACAAAUCCAAGAAAAAGAAGAAGGAGAAGCAUGGAGGUAGUAGCAGUCUUUCACGAUGUUGUUUUUUGUUUAGGUUUUGAAGAUUAUUAGACAAGGUUUUAAGUAUGAAUAUGACUAAUUCUAAUCAGCCUAAAAAGGAUAUGAGCUUCCGUGAUUCGAUUUCUUGUCUCGGAACCUGUCAACAAUCAAUUUCAAUGUCUCACUCUCCACCCCUAACUACAGGUAGCAGCGCAUCAUCCAAAGGUUCAAGCUCCUCGAUCGUGGCUAACGCUUUACCACAAGCUGCCGCAAGCUCGAGUUCGUCUAGUGCUAUAGCUAUGGCUGCGUCUACUAGUGCGAUCGAAGCGAAGGAUGAAGAAGGCGAGUCAAAGCUUCUACCGCAGUCGAGGUUGACUGAGUCGCAAAAAAGUUUCCUUAUUGCACAGGAAAAAAGGGCGGCGGAGAAGAUUGAGAAAAGUUAUGAAGAAUGAUGUUUUUGCGUUGAUGAUCGUUGGUUAUCUUGUAGUUAUCAAUGGAUUUAUCAUGUGAAAAGUCUCUAACAUCCCGUCAAGUUAACGCACCAAGAAAAGGUGGCUCGAUACAACAGGCACUUGUCGGCGCUUUCCGAGCAUUUCGAUAUUCCCAGGGUUGGUCCCGGUUAAGCGGAUGAUGUACGCAGGACAACGAUUAUUUGAGAUGAACACAGCCAUAAUAUUGUCGACUAUACAACACAUGUGAACAUGAAAGUACAAAUGCUUGUAUCAGUGCUGGUACGUGCACAGAAUAUCACCAGCGCCAUCAGAUAUUGAUAAACUGAAACAUCAACCCAGAGAACUCAAGUUGCUCUUGUAGAGACACAGCAUAAGCGCGCCACGAACCUCACAAUGUCAUGCGCAAUCUUUCUUUGCAAGUUUUUGAAUAGCACCAUACUUGUCAUAGUACAUCAAUAAUCGAUAUGGACGACCCCAUUUUUCAUGCAGACAGAAGAUUUGACAUUGAUUUCGAUGUUGAAAUAUCAAGUACAUCACGAU